AUGAUGCUCCUUCUAUUCAUUUACAUCGUAUCCCUCCUCUCCGUUGCCAGCGCCAACGUGGAGAAAACCAUCUUCAUCGCUCCCUCCGCAGUCACCCUCCCCGCCAAGGACUCAACCUUCGACGACCUAGGCCUCGAGCGCCUCUCUCCGUCAAAUGGCAUGCUGCGAACACAACUCAAUGCCUCAUUCCCAAUAGAUUCUAAGAGCCAGGGCACGGACUCAUGGUAUUUCCUCGAAAACCUCAACCCAGGACAGCGGUAUGAGGUGCGCAUUUGCUGGCUGGCUACUCAACCAACAGAAUUCACAUUAUCCGCGUACACCCUCCCCGAGAUUAUAGAAGAUCGUGCUCUCCUUUCCGCUAUAAGUCUCUACUCGUCCUCGCAACUUGCAACAUCCCCACCGCAAGCGGCAACAACGCCUAUACGCCGGGGAAGACGUUCGGCUGUUGCGGAUUCGGAACCAAGUGCGGACUCGGUGCUGUUUCUCCGGAUUUCCGCUGCGGCGGAUUAUUUCUCACUUGACCAGACACUAAUGGAGAAUGUGCCGCCAGUGCUGGCGGAUGUUAUACUCGAUCCAUUCUUAGGAAAUGUGUUCCCCAAAAGUCUCGCGCCGACAGCGUGCUGGAUAAGCGUAGUUGCAUGUCUGGGUAUUGUUGUAGCGAGAUGGAUUUCUAGGGAGUUUACGAGAGUGGUAAAUUCGGCAGACAUCCGUGACCCUCAGGAUGUUAAGAAAGAUCAAUAG